AUGCCUGAAUUCACCCCUCUGAACAAGAUGGAGACUGAGCCUAUGGAUGUGAAGAUGGAAGACAUUAACGAUGUUCCCGCGGAGGGGGACAAGAUCACUCCUACGACUAACUCAUCUGACGCUGCCGCUGAGUUCAAAGACACCACUAGCGAAUCUGACGAAGCCGAGGCCAAGGAUACCAACAAGGAAUCCGAAGUCGAGGAAGAGCCAGCCACUACGAUUCCCAGUGGAAAAGCUGCAAACGGCAAAGCUACCAACGGAAAGGCCGCCAAUGGCAAAGCUACCAACGGCAAAGCUGCUAAUGGCAAAGCUGCUAAUGGCAAGAAGGGAGCCGCGAACGGAAAGAAGGCAAACGAUGCUUCUACUGAAGAAGAGAACGGGGCCGCCGUCAAGAAUGAAGAAGCAGACAUCGACAACCCCCAACCCCCACAAACCCCAGUGACUCCCCACAAGCGGGGCCGCAAGCCCAAGGCGGCUACAGGUGCUGGCGGUGCAAUUACUGCUGAAGAAGCAGACGAUGAAGCCGAAACCCCCUCGAAGAAGAAGCGCGGUACCCCCGGCAAGGCAACUCCCAGCAAGGGCACGCCUAGCAAAGCAGGGAAGCGUCCGUUGCCCAAUUCAUUAGAAGAAGCCUCUGAGGAGGACAAGAUGCUUCUCCGCAUGAAAGACGAGGAGAAUAAGCCCUGGGGAGAGAUCAAGGCUGCCUGGGAGGCAGCCACGGGCGAGCCGAUUGGCGGGAGUACCUUGUCCGGCCGCUACCAGCGCAUCAAAGCGAACUUUACCGUCUUUACAAACGAUGAUGCGACGGCCCUCGUACAGUUCAAGAAGGAUAUUGAGGAGAAGUUUGAGACCGAGAAGUGGAUGCGUAUUGCUGACGCCAUCGAGAACAGUGGCGGUAAGCGUUAUCCUGCUGCGGCGCUUAUGAAGAAAUUCAAGGAGAUGGGCAAGAAGACGGCCGACACUAACGGGACGAACGACGAGGUCAAGGACGAGGAUGGAGAGUGA